ACUGUGUCCUUCGCUGCGUAUAUUAAAAGUGCCGUGUAUCAAAUUGAUAAAUACCAUAAUUAAAAUGGCGAAACUCAGUAAAGAGACCAAACAACGGUUGCAGCAAGUGUUCCAGUGCGGGCAGUUCAUUAUUCGGUGGGGUUUCAUCCCCACUGUUCUCUACCUGGGCUUCAAACGAGGUGCAGAUCCUGGAAUGCCAGAGCCCACUGUUCUAAGCUUACUCUGGGGAUGAGCAGUGGCAGUGACAGACAAUCACAGAAGACCAAACAACCACCAGAUCAUCUCCAAUAUUGAUGUUUACUUUUUUUGGACUGAACACCCUAAGUCAAACUGGUCAUGCAGUAUCCCUGAGCGGAGAGAGGAAAAUGGACAGAUGUGAUUACAAGGAUGAGCUAGUGCCCACAUUCUCCACCACUACACUGCUAUGCACUUUCACUCUAUAUCAGCAGUCUCCACUGUUUGAUGGAAGAUGGUUGAAAGCAGCUCUUGGAUCCCAUUCUUGAUAUUUAUGUGAACGUUGUUGUUUAGGAGUCGUUACGUGGAUUUUGAUUUCCUCUCGCUGUUUUAGAACUCAUCUAUGAUGUUUGUAUUUGUUUUGUCGCAGUAAAAUUCAAGAAAUCAAAAA